AUGCUCGGUAGCAAUGGAAAAAUAAUAAUUUCUGAUUUUGCUAUUUUGUCUUUGCUCUUCUCUGAAGGCGAUGGGCAGAACCUGGUGACCGAGGACGUGACGGUGGUGGAGGGGGACGUCGCCACCAUCAGCUGCCGGGUGAAGAACAGCGACGACUCGGUGAUUCAGCUCCUGAAUCCCAACAGGCAAACCAUUUAUUUCCGAGAUUUCAGACCGCUGAAGGACAGCAGGUUCCAGCUGGUGAACUUCUCCAACAGCGAGCUCCGAGUGUCCUUGACAAACGUCUCCAUCUCCGAUGAAGGACGGUACUUCUGCCAGCUCUACACCGAUCCCCCCCAGGAAAUCUAUACCACCAUCACGGUGCUGGUCCCGCCACGGAAUUUGGUGAUUGAUAUCCAGAAAGAAAUCGCCGUGGAGGGAGAGGAGAUUGAGCUGAACUGCACUGCCAUGGCCAGCAGACCAGCCACCACCAUCAGAUGGUUCAAAGGAAACAAGGAGCUAACCGGCAAGUCGGAGGUGGAGCAGUGGUCCGACAUGUACACGGUGACCAGCCAGCUGCUGCUGAAGGUGGGGCGCGAGGACGAUGGGGUCCCCGUCAUCUGCCUGGUGGAUCACCCCGCUGUCAAAGACUUGCAGACGCAGCGUUACCUCGAAGUCAUGU